AUGAAAACAUGGGUCGAUAAUCACCUAAUAGUGUCUGAUCCUUCUCAGUCAAGGACGAUGAGAAACCAGACCCUGGUGACAGAGUUCAUCCUUCAGGGCUUCUCUGAGCACCCUCAGUACCAGCUGCUCUUAUUUAUUUGUUUCCUCUCUCUCUACUCUGUGGCCCUCCUAGGUAAUGUCCUUAUCAUCCUGGCCAUCACCUGCAACCCUGGGCUCCACACCCCCAUGUACUUUUUCUUGUUCAAUUUGGCUACCAUGGAUAUCAUCUGCACCUCCUCCAUUAUGCCCAAGGCCCUGAAGGGUCUGGUGUCAGAGAGGAACCCCAUCUCCUAUGGCGGCUGCAUGGCCCAGCUCUAUUUCCUUACGUGGGCUGCAUCCUCAGAGUUGCUCCUUCUCACAGUCAUGGCCUAUGACCGCUAUGCAGCCAUCUGCCAUCCUCUGCAUUAUGGCACCAUGAUGAGCAAAGCAUUUUGCAGCAUGUUGGCUGCUGGAGUGUGGGCGCUCUGUGCUUUCAACACAGCCAUUCACACAGGACUGAUGACACGCUUGAAUUUCUGUGGCCCCAAUACCAUUACACAUUUCUUCUGUGAGGUACCGCCUCUCCUGCUUCUCUCCUGUAGCUCCACCUAUGUGAACAGUAUCAUGAUUGUCUUGGCUGAUGCUUUUUAUGGUGUAUUGAAUUUCCUGAUGACCAUUGUGUCAUAUGGUUUCAUCAUUUCCAGCAUCCUGAAGAUGCGGACCUCAGAAGGGAAGCAGAAAGCCUUCUCUACCUGCUCUUCCCACCUCAUUGUGGUGUGCAUGUAUUACACUGCUGUCUUCUAUGCCUACAUAAGCCCGGUCUCCAGCUACAACCCAGAGAAGAGCAAGUUGGCUGGUGUGCUGUACACCAUGCUGAGCCCUACACUCAACCCUCUCAUCUAUACUUUGAGAAACAAGGAGGUCAAAGCCGCUCUCAGGAAACUUUUUCCUUUCCUCAAAAAUUAAAAUGUGAUUCCCGAAGUUCUUCUCUUGGGGUUGGAGUUUCAUUGUGGAUUGGUUUCCCAUGGGCAAACGAUGGGUUGUUUGUGUGCUGAAGAAGCAAGCUAACCUUUUCCACCAAGUGCAAUGUCUUUGUAGAUGACCUCAGAGCGCUGGUCAACCGACACUGACUGAUGGAAGAGUGUGGUUGAAUGUGGGCUCACUGGACUCUAAGCCUGAGAAAUGGGGUCUCUGGGCCUGACCCCAAGAUGAUACAGUACUGUAUUAUCGGAGAAACAAAACCCUUUAAGAGGACAGAAAUGCCCCUGAGCCUUAGUCUCACAGCUGUAUGGAAACGCCUUUCUUUUCUUUGGAUAUAUAGCAUCCAUGUGGAGAUCACACUUAGAAUUGAAGAGAUAUGUGUGGACCCCGUAACAUUUUGAGGAUUGCAUGACUCAAGAAUUGUUUCACAUGACUUCUGGUCCCCAAGAAACUAACCCACUCCUUCUAUUUUCCUCCACCUCUUCCUGUUGGAGCCCUUUAAGCCACAAAGACAGUUUUUGAUGUUAAUGUGAAUGAUUGUUCCUGCUUUCCCCUUUUCCUCUCACUAACAUUA